UUCAACAGGAGGAACCCGCGGAAGAGGAGCUCCGAGCCCCCCGCGCCGCAGCCGCUGCAGCCCGUGCGUCCCGCGCCCUCGAGCGCCAUGGCCAAGGAAGGCGUGGAGAAGGCGGAAGAGACUGAGCAAAUGAUCGAGAAGGAGGCAGGCAAGGAGCCGGCGGAGGGCGGCGGCGGCGGCUCGCACCGACUCAGGGACGCCCAGGAGAUGCGGGCGGUGGUGCUGGCAGGCUUCGGGGGGCUCAACAAGCUGCGGGUCACCAGGAAGGCCAUGCCCGAGCCGCAGGAUGGGGAGCUCAAGAUCCGCGUCAAAGCCUGUGGUUUAAACUUCAUUGACCUGAUGGUGCGACAAGGGAACAUCGACAACCCUCCGAAGACUCCCCUGGUGCCAGGUUUUGAGUGUUCGGGGAUUAUUGAAGCUCUGGGGGACAGUGUGAAAGGAUACGAGAUUGGGGACCGUGUCAUGGCAUUUGUCAAUUAUAAUGCCUGGGCAGAGGUGGUCUGCACGCCGGUGGAGUUUGUCUACAAGAUCCCCGAUGACAUGAGCUUCUCUGAGGCUGCCGCGUUCCCCAUGAACUUCGUCACAGCCUACAUGAUGCUCUUUGAAGUUGCCAACCUUCGAGAAGGGAUGUCUGUGCUCGUGCACUCGGCUGGUGGUGGCGUGGGCCAGGCUGUGGCUCAGCUGUGUUCCACCAUCCCCAAUGUGACGGUCUUUGGAACAGCUUCUACUUUCAAGCAUGAAGCCAUCAAAGACUCUCUGACCCACCUCUUUGACCGAAAUGCAGACUAUGUGCAAGAAGUGAAAAGAAUCUCUGCUGAAGGAGUGGACAUUGUUUUGGAUUGCCUCUGUGGGGACAACACUGGGAAAGGUCUCAGCCUCCUCAAACCACUGGGAACCUACAUUUUGUACGGUUCAUCCAACAUGGUGACUGGAGAGACCAAGAGCUUCUUUAGCUUUGCAAAAUCCUGGUGGCAGGUCGAGAAAGUGAACCCCAUCAAGCUAUAUGAAGAAAAUAAAGUCAUCGCAGGCUUUUCCCUUUUAAACCUGCUCUUCAAACAGGGCCGCGCAGGCCUCAUUCGAGGAGUGGUGGACAAGCUCGUGGGGCUCUACAACCAGAAGAAGAUCAAGCCCGUCGUGGACUCCCUAUGGGCCUUGGAGGAGGUGAAGGAGGCCAUGCAGCGGAUCCAUGACCGAGGCAACAUCGGCAAGUUAAUUCUGGAUGUAGAGAAGACCCCAACGCCACUGAUGGCCAACGACAGCACGGAGACCAGUGAGGCGGGAGAAGAGGAGGAGGACCACGAGGGCGACAGCGAGAACAAGGAGCGGAUGCCCUUUAUCCAGUAACCCAGGCCCCGGCCAGAAGAACGAAGGGCAGUUUGGAAGGAGAGGGGCCAGCUGAGGAAGCUCUCCUGCACCCCAGUGAACAAACCCUGUAGUCCAGUGCGUGUUGUGUUUGUCUGCAGUCGGCUGAGCUAAAAAGCUUUUGAUCACUGUUGUUUUUGAAAUUAAGUGCCAACCCUGUUCCAUGCAGUAUUACGUCCCUCCCUUCUGUGUAUCACCCUCUCCCCCUCCCCUGUUCCAAGACCAUCCAUCUUUGGGUCCUUCUCGACAGUUCUAGAAUAGCCUUGCCAAUUAACACAAGCCCACAGGCCCAGUGCCUAAGAGAGCAGGCGCGGGCAAAGACAAGUUUGGAUGGAAAGGUGUGAUCACAGAGCACUGUCCAGACAUGAGAAUUCUUCAGGCCGGUGACACUUUUCGCUGCCAGCCACCCGAGCUUUUGGUGAGAGCACGUGCCAAUGUGGCUGGGCAGGGAGAGGGUAGGCCAGACCGUUUCAUGAGCCUAUUAGUUGAGGAUCUCUCCAAAAAGUCCUUUCUCUCUCCCCUGUAAGAGGCAACUUCCUCACACUCACUGGGUUGUUUCAUGGUCAGAAGGUGGGACGCUCCCUGCAUCCCUUCAGUGGUCCUUGUCCAUAAACGCAGGGAGACAGAUGUGGCUGUUUCAGGAUGAAAGACAGGUCAACAGCAGAAGCUGGAGGACCGGCCACAGAAACCUGUGAAACCACAUCUCAUGAGCUAAAUUCUCUCCUCCCUCACCGUACAUAUUAUACUUUAAUUUUAAGAAAACUGACCGCGUGCGGGACUACUUCAGCAAUCAUGACUGAGGCCUGUCUGUGUCCACGCACUCGCCGUCCGCAUUACCCAGUGGGCUGCACUCACUUCCUAGGAGGGAGCCGCCGCCUUGACUGUGGCCCCCCCGCACCCCAGGGGAGGCCUCCCUGGUGGACCACAUUUGGAAAAGAUCACUGAGCAAACUCGUACUUGCCAAAGCAUGUUUCGACAUGUAACACAUUUCUACUGGUACAAAAGCUGAUGUUCAGCAUCACAUGCCAAAUGCAUGGUCCCUCUCCUCUGAAAUAUAAAAUUAUGGUGCAGACUUUUUGCAGAGCCUCUGUACUGGGGGAACUGGGGACCAAACUGGAUUGCACACCCUUGUUCAAUUUUCCAGCUCCUAAGCUGUGAAGACACCUUGCCCUCUGCCCCCACCCCACCUGGCAUGGCUGAGGUGAACCAGGGCCCUGCAGGACGAGAGAGAGGCUCCGCAGGGGGCUCCUCCUUCCUUCCUCCCACUCCUUUGUCCCGAAGGGCGGACUCCAUCACACAAAAACCGCACUGGAGACACAGGAGGCCCACACGACUGGCACCCAACUCACUUUAUACGCUGGGAGAUGCCGGAGGGCUCCCACAUCGCCCGAUCUGCCCCCCCCCCCCCAGGAGCCUCGGGGUAAACCCAGAUCUUCCUGGAAGUAAGGGGAACGAGCGCGUCUGGGCGGUUUCCUGUUUCAUCUCCAAAGUCGUUUUGCAACAAAUGUCGCCUCAUCAGUCACGUUCUUCUUCCCACCCUAAGCUUGUGAUGACUUACUUACACUGAAUAUUUGCCCGAAGGGAGAGUGUGUCGUCGAGGAAAACACGGGGGUGAGAAAGGCGCUGCCGUCAGAGGGGCAGAGAGGCAGAGAGGAGAGCACCCC